AUGCAAGUGUCACAAUUGAUAACAUUAGAAGCUUCAGCUGUGAUAAAUAAUAUGUCACACACUGGUUUAACAUGUUCUGUGUGUUGUCAAACAAAACUCGUUCCAUUUUUUGAAACUGAUUGUUCACAUAUAUUUCAUGUUGAUUGCAUUAAAAUAACCAACAAUACUAAUCCUAGAUGUCCAAUAUGUGAGAAUCAUAUUCAUUCAUUUGUAGUUGUUACAGAGGAUACGUUUAACACAGUUAAAAUCAGAUCCGAAAGUACUGGUGGUAAUACAACUAAUUCGCUUGGUGAAACACUCGGUAAUGCAUUUAAAUCAUUUGGUAGUAAAUUACGACCUAAUUCACCACCAUUAUCAAAAAAUAAACCAUUUCGUGACUAUGCAACAACAGCGGAAGCAGCUGUAAAAAUUCAAACAAAACAUCGUGGGCACAGACGAACGAAGUCUUAA